CGAAUACAGUGUUGCGUGUCAUGGUACUGCCCGGAUUCCGUGAUUUCAUGAGUUGAGACGCGCGCGCGAGUACAUGGGUCAUCGAACGCCGGGUUCGAUGCAGUCAUCGUGAGGAUUUGGGACGGUGCGUGAGAGGAAGCAACGGAGGGCGGGCUCAUAUAAAAGGGCUUGAGCGCAGCUGGAUGAAGGUAUUCACAGAAACACCAACACAUUCUACUUCACUCCCAUCCUACACUCAUAAACAGCUCAUUCCAUGUCGACACAAAGGGAAAAACACAACAGAGUUUUCAUCGCCUGCCUCAGCUGCCGCAAAUCCAAAGUAAAGUGCCUUAACAACAACGAGGACGAUCAGCCCUGUGCCCGCUGUAUACAGCGUAACCUCCCCUGCGUCUACCAGCCCGUGAACGCAUCAGGCGGUGACGGCAUGGCCCAGAAUGCCGGAGCGUCGACGAGCCAGGCGGGGUAUUACUACCCUGAGGGACAGACACAACCCUACGCCGGAAACGAUUAUCAAUACAGUUACAGACAAGACCAGCAAACUCAGCAGCAAGGCCAUUACGACCCCAAUAAUCAGGGCUAUUAUUACCACAAUGGGGCAUACUACGGCUCCGGAUACCAGGGUAACUAGUAUCGCCA